ACGUGACUGAAUCAGCAGCAACGAAAACCGCGCAGUUGCUUCCCGAGUGGACCUCAGAUGAUUUGUUCAUCAUGGCCUUGUCUGAAAGGCUCGGGCUGCUCCGUGUGUUGUGGCUGUUCGCCGUGCUCGAGGCGGCGUCCCCGCUGGACGGAGGCAUGCUCUUCCCCCGGGAGUCCCCCUCCAGAGAGGUGAAGGAGCUGAACGGGCUGUGGAGCUUCAGGGCGGACAAGUCCCCAAACAGGAACCAGGGCUUCGAGAGGUCAUGGUACAAAAGUCGCCUGGCAGAGACUGGCCCCGUGAUUGACAUGCCAGUCCCCGCCAGCUACAAUGACAUCACACAGGACCCCACACUGAGAAAUUUCAUUGGCUGGGUGUGGUAUGAGAGAGAGGUGGUGGUACCCGCCCGGUGGAUCGCAGACGAGGGAACAAGGGUGGUUCUCAGAGUGGGAAGUGCACACUAUUAUUCAGUAGUGUGGGUGAACGGCGUGAAAGUGACGGAGCAUGAAGGUGGCCAUCUGCCUUUCGAGGCGGAGAUAGGCACCUUAAUCCGCAAGCAACCGACUACGCCGUGCAGGAUCACCAUCGCUGUCAACAACACUCUGACUCUGAAGACCCUUCCUCCAGGCACCAUCCAGUACUUCAACGACCCCACCAAGUAUCCUCCUGGCUUUUUUGUGCAAAACAUCUACUUUGAUUUCUUCAACUAUGCUGGGAUCCACCGUCCAGUGCUGCUGUAUACUACUCCUAAGGCGUAUGUGGAUGACAUCACCGUGGUGACCGACUUCUCAGAUAACAUUGGGUUUGUCAGAUACAAGGUAUCAGUCCGAGGUGCUACCACAACCAGCCUGAAGGUUACUUUGAUGGACAGAGAUGGCCACUGUGUGGCCUCCUCCAGCGAGCCAAAUGGAGAGCUCAAAGUGGUAGAUGUCAAUCUGUGGUGGCCGUACCUGAUGCAUGAGAAUCCUGGUUAUCUUUACUCCAUGGAGGUUCACCUAAUGGCAACUAAUGAGCGAUCAACAUAUGAGGAUGUGUAUGCUCUCCCAGUCGGCAUCCGCACAGUCAAUGUCACCAGCACCCAGUUCCUCAUCAACAACAAGCCGUUCUAUUUCCACGGGGUCAACAAGCAUGAAGACUCUGACAUUCGAGGUAAGGGUUUGGACUGGCCCCUGAUCGUCAAGGACUUUAACCUAUUGAAGUGGCUGGGGGCCAACUCUUUCCGCACCAGCCACUACCCCUAUGCUGAGGAGAUUCUGCAGAUGUGUGACCGCCACGGCAUCGUGGUGAUAGAUGAGUGUCCGGGCGUGGGAAUCAAAGACAUACAUAGCUUUGGAAACGCCUCCCUGAGCCACCACCUGGUUGUCAUGGACGAGCUUGUGCGCCGGGACAAGAACCAUCCCUCUGUGGUCAUGUGGUCGGUGGCCAAUGAGCCCGCUGCCGAGAUGCCACCUGCUGAAUUUUAUUUCAAGACUGUGAUAACACAUACUAAAGAUCUGGACCACACUCGGCCCGUCACCUAUAUCACAGACAGCAACUACGCCAGGGACAAAGGGGCUCCCUAUGUAGAUGUGGUCUGUGUAAACAGUUACUUCUCCUGGUACCAUGAUCCAGGUCACCUGGAGGUAAUCCCCAUCCAGCUCAAAACCCAGUUUGAAAACUGGUAUGGAAAGUACAAGAAGCCCAUCAUACAGAGUGAAUAUGGAGCAGAUGCAGUGCCAGGGCUUCACAGUGAUCCGCCCGUGAUGUUUACCGAAGAGUACCAGAACGCAGUGCUGCGGCGCUACCACGAUGUGUUCGACCAGAAGAGGAAGGAGUAUGUCAUUGGUGAACUCAUCUGGAACUUCGCCGACUUCAUGACUGUACAAGGGAUCACUCGUGUGGUGGGGAACAAGAAGGGUAUUUUUAGCAGGCAAAGGCAGCCCAAAGCAGCAGCUUUCAUCCUGAAGGAGAGGUACUGGAGACUGGCUAAUGAAACGGGCAGAUUACCUCCUUGGACAAAGUAUCCCUGCUCACUCUGACAUGUGCACCCAGUCCAGGACAGACUGCAUCCCGUGUAGCUACUGUUCCUGCUGGAGAAAUGCCGGCAGAAGUCUGUCAAUAAAAUCAUUUCACUGUUACCGUACAUGACACAUAACUCUAUAGGCUGCUAUCCUCUAGUCUGAGCAUCAGAACUAAAUCACAAACAUUGCAGGCAUAUUUCCCAACAACAUCAUGUAGAACAACGCUGAUAAACGUUCACCUCAAGUGCCUCAUCAAUGGUGCUGUAUUUUACAGUAUGAUAAUAAUUGUAAUGUAAAUGGAAUCUACAGGACACAUUUGAGAGGACAGAAGGUAUUGAGGCAACACAGGACAUUCUAAUGCACACAUGUGAAGUGUUGCUGCUGUCAUUAAAAGAUCCAGGUCCAAACACGAGUGAUUCACUCUGCCCUGUCCUCCACUGUGAUGGAUGUAUACACCUGGCAUGACAUUACAAGACACUGUUAAAGAAAAGGGUUACCACACUAUUUUCUCUCAUAGUGCUCUGACACUCACGCUUUUUGAUAAAAUGCUUUGUAUGUGUGACAUUGAUCUGAAUCUCAAUUGAUCAAAUCAGUUUUAUUUUUUUAAAUCAACUCUCAAUGAACAAAUAAUGAAUGUGAUGAUAUUUCAAUGAAUGUAUUAAAGAUACAACACUUUCAUUCACA